CCAUCCGAAUACCCCACAUUUAUUUACACCCUUUUGCAAUUCUAUAGAACACACAUGAGCACACGAAAAGUUAAAAUACCAUUCCAAAUCGGAGAAAAAUUCAGCAUUAGGCUCGUCUAGCGAAAUAGCGACCACAAAUUGGUACAUCGAAGAACACAGUAUCCGGACACAAACACAGCCAACUGAAGACCUGGAAAUCCCACAAGAUCCUCAGAUCGUUAAGUGAAAAGCCAUCCGGAAAAGCCGAGCCCAGCUCCAGAAAUGCAGAAGGGCGUCAAGGACAAGGAGAACCGGAAUGCGACGAUGGGUCCGGAGAUCUGCGAGUUCCACCAGCAGCAGCAGCCGCCAUCAAAACAAAACGAAGGCUUUCUUGGCAGUUUCCUAUCGAAGGGCCUAAAAACCAAUCAGCUGGUUGUGAAUACGGAUGAAAAGACCCUGCGACCGGUUGCACGUCUGAAGGAACCGCGCGAUCUCUUCGCCCUGCCGAAGGACAAGGACAAUGACUGCUCACAGCAGGCCCCCAGAUGGCCGGUGGAAUGCCAGGUCAUCGAGGAGCGCAUCACACACAUUCCGUACGUGCCCGCUACGCCGGAGCCGCUCAACGCUCCGACGGGCAACGAGCUGAAGCCACGGCCCGUGGGCGAGGAGAAUGGCAUCGUGGUGUUCAGCUACAGUCCGAUUAGCGCCGUCAACUACGAAAAGCCCAAGGCGAAAAAGGAGGAGGAUGAGUCCAGUGACGAAUCGGACUAUUCAUCGGAUUCCCGUCAGGAUUCGACGCCCCCCAGCAGGGCUACGCCCAUGCGUCUGACGGGGGGCGGUGGGUGUGCCCGUGGCAAACUGAACAGCGUGUCCAAGAUGAUCAACACGGUGGACAAUCGAUCCACGAGCGCCUCCCUAGAUGACAACGAUGACUACUAUGAUGAUGAGUACGAUAGCUCCGGUGGCUUUGGAGGUGGCGGAGGUGGAUUUAGUGGUGAGCUUAAGGAGAAGGCCAUCAUUAAGAAUCUCAUUGAGGCCAAGAAGAAGCGUUACCAGGAGGAGGCGGAAGCGGGCACACCCACAGGCGGCGGCGGCGGCGGCGGCGGUGGAACGGCCCGAAACUCGAGGGCAGCCAGCCGUUCGGAGGCCAGCAAGGAUGCCAGCGAUAUCGAUGAUAUCUGGAAGAACAACACCAGUGAAUACAAGCCCGCCUCGCCGCGCUACGUUCUCAGUCAGUUUGGCAAGAAGGUGGCCAAGGCAGUGAUCGAUAGGAUGGUGGAUAACGAUGAUCCCGCCGCCGUUCCAUCAACGGGAUCGCAAAAGUUCAGUCGAUCGGCCGUCGGCGGAGCCCGUUUCGUGACCAAUUGUCAUCCUAUGAAUCCCGAGGAGUACGACGGCCUGGAGUUCGAGUCGCGCUUCGAGAGCGGCAAUCUGGCCAAGGCGGUCCAGAUAACGCCCACCUACUAUGAGCUCUACCUGCGACCCGAUCUCUACACCAGCCGGUCCAAGCAGUGGUUCUAUUUCCGGGUGCGACGCACCAGGCGCAAGAUGCUCUACCGCUUCUCGAUCGUUAAUCUGGUGAAGUCGGACAGUCUCUACAACGACGGCAUGCAGCCGGUCAUGUACUCAACCCUGGGCGCCAAGGAGAAGAGCGAAGGCUGGCGGAGAUGCGGGGACAACAUAUGCUACUACCGGAACGAUGAUGAGAGUGCCAGCAAUAGCGCAAACGAAGACGACGAGGACAACUCGACGUACACGCUGACGUUCACCAUCGAGUUCGAGCAUGAUGACGACACGGUGUUCUUUGCGCACAGCUACCCAUACACCUACAGCGACCUGCAGGACUACCUCAUGGAGAUCCAGCGCCAUCCGGUCAAGUCCAAGUUCUGCAAGCUGCGACUUCUCUGCCGCACCUUGGCGGGCAAUAAUGUCUACUAUCUGACGGUGACGGCGCCCUCCUCCAACGAGGAGAACAUGCGGCGAAAGAAAUCGAUCGUUGUGUCGGCGCGUGUGCAUCCCAGUGAGACACCUGCCUCGUGGAUGAUGAAGGGUCUGAUGGACUUCAUCACGGGUGAUACGACGGUAGCAAAGCGGCUGCGGCACAAGUUCAUAUUCAAAUUGGUGCCGAUGCUGAAUCCGGACGGAGUCAUCGUGGGCAACACCCGGAACUCGCUGACCGGCAAGGACCUCAACCGCCAGUACCGCACGGUCAUUCGCGAGACAUAUCCAUCCAUUUGGUAUACCAAAGCCAUGAUUAGAAGACUGAUUGAGGAAUGCGGCGUGGCCAUGUACUGUGAUAUGCACGCUCACUCACGCAAACACAACAUAUUCAUAUAUGGCUGUGAGAACAAACGCAACCCGGAGAAGAAGCUCACCGAGCAGGUCUUUCCACUGAUGCUGCACAAGAACAGUGCGGAUCGGUUCUCCUUCGAGAGCUGCAAGUUCAAGAUCCAGCGCAGCAAGGAGGGCACCGGACGCAUUGUGGUCUGGAUGCUGGGCAUCACCAAUAGCUAUACGAUCGAGGCCUCCUUUGGCGGCUCCUCGCUGGGAUCGCGCAAGGGGUCGCACUUUAACACGCAGGAUUAUGAGCACAUGGGACGAGCAUUUUGUGAGACACUUUUGGACUACUGCGAUGAGAAUCCGAACAAAGUAAAGCGGCACGCAAAGUUGUUUAAACAAAUCAAAAAGAUAAGAAAACGCGAGAAACGCGAACAGAAAGCAUUGAAAUUACAGAAAAUGGCCGAUCAGGGAUGUAUAAUGAACGACAAACUGAAAAUUUUAAAUUUACUCAAACAACAGGACAGGCUACGAUCCAAAAUUAUCGAAAGACUGAUGCGAGAAGGCUCCAGUGCCGACGAGCCAUUGAAUAUUCCCCUGUCGGAUUACUCAAGUGACGAGGGCAACUGCAGCUCCAGUUCGGAUAAUGAGGGCAAGCACUCGAUAACUGCCUCCGAUCUGGAGGGCCCCUGUUGUGCCCCCACCCGAGCUCCGCCCAGUUCGCCGGAGGUGAUUCACGAGAUCCGAAAGUUUCGCAUGCGACGCAUGCGCAAAGUGAUGCACGAGCUGGACAGGAUCUACUUUACGCCGCUAUUCCAGCGUAAGUUCAAAACGCUGACCACCUUGAAGAGGAGGCGUCACAAGAUCGAUGGUGCUGGCAAGGCGUCUCCAAAUGCAAAACGUUUGCGAGGUGGAGGUGGAGGCAGUAAUGCCACAGGCGAUGCCACGCCCACGUCAGUGCCAGCUGCCGUAAAAGCAGCCGGAUUAACCAUGGAGGCCACUGCAACAUCCCAACAGCAGAAUUCCAGCAGGCAGUUGGCCCGAAAACCGCCGCCGAUCAAAAAAGGCCAAGCGACUGGAUCUCAGAGUUCAGAGAGUAGCGAUAGCCUGGACACAUCGCACACGGAAUCUUUCCGGGAUGCCGAGUGUUCCAGUGCCAGCACCGCGGCGGGCAGCAGGGAGGUCAAGCGAAGGGUCAAGGCCACCGUUGGCGGAGUGGCCAGUGGGUCCAAGAAAACGGGCAGAAAGAAGAAAUUCAUGCACACGGAAAAGAGGAAGCCGGUGGUCAAUCAGAAACUUCACGUGGAUCGCAAUUUUCGGCUGUGGCUGGCCAACCGACGCAUCUACAUCUACCGCCGCAAGAAGUUCACACAGGCGCGUCGCACCAAGGUGAGAAGCAAGCCGCCAAAGAAACGUGGCGAGGUGGUGCGCACCACUCUGGACUUGCCCACAACGGAUCCGGGAUCGGAUCUGCAUUUCUCCACCGACGACGAGGAGCACUCGCCGACGACCGGACAAAAUGGUUACGGAGCAGUCGCUCCGCUCCGGCACACACUGCUCCAGAGCGAUCUGCAGCGGCGGUACAUCGAGGAGAUUGGCGAUACGGUGGUGCAGAAGCCAAAGCCCGCCCACAUGCCACCGGAACUGAUCGUGACCACGCCCUCGAAGAGCGGCACCCCGGGCGGUGGCAAGAAACUGGAUGUCUACAAGCUGACUCCGCGCACCGCACCCGAAUUGGACACGGGCGGCCAUCAGAUGGCCAUGAUGCAGCGACAGGCCGGCGGAGCUGGAUCAUCCGCCAGACGCACCUACUCGUGGCACAAUCUCGACCAGCAGGAAAUACCCAGUGGUAGCGGUGGUCAGGGCAAGGUCAACUUCUACAUGGGCGAAGCCAAGCCGACGAUGAAGGCAAUGACCAAACCGCCGCCUAGAAGAAGUGUCCCGAGCAACUUCAUUCCCCAGAGAAAUGGCAAUGUGCAAACGGCAGAUGACCUGCAGCUCAAGCUCUCGCUGAAGAAGAAAGUCUGGACGGGAGCGCACGGGGAUGCGGAAGGACGACCACUGGCCUGGUACAAGGGUCACUCAAUGCCAGGAUCUCAAAUGGCCAACGCUGCGGCGGCCAUUAGAAGUGCAGGCGGUGGAGGCGGAGCCAGUGGAGGAGGAGGAGGAGGCGUCACCAGCGGAGCAGGCGGAGUAGGAGCGGGUGGAAGUGGGCAUAACCGAACCAUGUUCACAUCCAGUGGCAGGGAGCCGCCAGUUGCCGCCGGUGGGAACGCAAUGGGCGUGCCACCCGCUUUUAUAGGAGCACCACGCAAGCCCAGGAAACUGGAGCAAGUGGAUCUGUUCAACGCCUGCUCCCAGAAACUGCUCCUGUGGCAGCAACAGGAGGAGCGUCAACGCUCCCAUCCGCAGCCCUCGCAGCGCUUGAUGAAGGUGGAUGACUCGCACCAGCAGCACCAGCAGCAGCCACAUUCAAGGGAUCGGGAUCGUGAUCGUGAUCGUGAGCGGGAUCGUGAUCGUGAGCAGCAUGGCGCCUUCAGGCCCAUGGCCAAGAAGUCGUCGGGAACGGGCCAAAGCAAAGUGAUCCAGGCUUUGGUGGCAGCCGAAUCGGGCGGAAAGGUGAAACGCAAGUCCAGCAGCAUGAUGAAGAUUGCGGAAACCACGCAACUGGUGACCCGAUUUGCCCGCAGUCGCAACAGUGCCGGAGGAUCCGCAGUGCAGCAGCAGCUGCAGCAGCAACAGCAGAUGCAUCAGCAGCACCAGCGCAUGAUGUUCAAGGGCCAGAGUACAAGUGGCGGUGGCGGUGUCGUCGGAUCCAUGGCCGGUCGCAUGCACUCGGCCGGGGUCAUGGGUCACAUGCAUGCAGGCGGCAACGGCAACGGCAACGGCGGUGGCGGCGGCGGAGGACGUGCACCCAAUAAAUUCAAGACCGGCGGAUUGGUCAUCACAGCCGUGCAACAGCCAACCAAUAUGCCAGGUGGCAGUUCGCGUCGGAUGCGGAAUGCGGCCGGAUUGCAGGCCAAGAGCAGCACCGGCACCUUGGGCUCAUCCUCCGGCCAGCAGAUGCAGUACCAGCGGAGCAACGGCAAUGUCCAGGCCAACAAAUCCGCCACGGGAAUCUCGCUGGACACCGUGAAUCUGGUGCGGAAGGUGAAGACCAAACUGAAGAAGCGCAAAUCCCGCACCUUGUCCAACGGUGCAUCGAAAUAGUAUCAUCCAGAGAUCCCCGAUCCCAUACGAUCCGAUCCGAUCCGAUCCGAUCCGGAAAACCCCAUAUAUAUUUCGUUCAAAAUUUUAGUCGAAUUUGUUACGCAAAACAAAAACCGAUAAGGAAAUGAUUAGCUAAAUUAACUAAAUAAUUCAUAUACAUAUCUCUCUAUCGAUCUUAUAUAUGUAAUCCUAUGUAAUCCCGAUCUCUCUGUACCUACAUUUAAUCCCCAAAAAUAAUGUUGAAAGUCCUAGUGUGUGUGUGUGUGUGUGUUGUUUUUUUUUUUCAGCUGGAAGUUUUUCUAUUGAGAUUUGCAAUAAAACGAACAAAAAAUGUGAAAACAA